AUAUGCGGCUCAGUCGACAAGCAGAAGUGUGAGCGGCGCGCGCUGAUGGUAGUAGCCGGUAUUUUGCUGCUCCUAGGAAUGAGCUGAAGAUUUAUUUUUUUUAUUCGUGACGGCAGCUCAUCAUAUAUAUAGUUUAUGUGCGCGUCUAACAACGUUUUGACAGUCUAAAUGAAUUCGCUGUAGGUCCACGCGCUUUUGACACCGGUUCGGCUAAAACUUAUCGUGCUGCGGUGAAGUAACGUUAGCUUAGCAUAUCAUAUAGCAUAGCCGGGUUACAGUUAUCGGCGUGUGUGUGCGCGCGCGCUGCACUGGACUCUUAUAGCUAGAACUGCUAAUUUACUUUAGGAUCACUGGCUUUUUUUUUUAAACUGCUGUAACGUGUUACGUUGUCGCGCCUUUUCACCGAGGAUUAAAAGAUAAAAUUAGAUUAUAAUAAUUAUUUUUUUUAAAGCCGGCCGUCCAUUAUGGAGAACGCUCACACCAAAACGGUGGAAGAGGUUUACAGCUAUUUCAGCGUGAAUGAAAGUACCGGACUCGGCCUCGACCAAGUGAAAAGACAGCGAGAGAAAUGGGGACCGAACGAAUUGCCAGCAGAAGAAGGUAAAUCACUGUGGGUGUUGGUGAUCGAGCAGUUCGAGGACCUCUUAGUCAGGAUUCUUCUUCUAGCAGCAUGUAUAUCAUUUGUACUGGCCUGGUUUGAAGAAGGAGAAGAGACCAUUACAGCUUUUGUGGAGCCUUUUGUAAUACUGUUGAUUCUUAUAGCCAACGCCAUCGUAGGGGUCUGGCAGGAGCGAAAUGCCGAAAAUGCCAUCGAGGCCCUCAAGGAAUACGAGCCCGAGAUGGGAAAAGUGUAUCGACAGGACAGGAAGAGCGUGCAGAGGAUCAAAGCCAGAGACAUUGUUCCAGGAGAUAUUGUGGAAGUGGCCGUGGGUGACAAAGUUCCUGCCGAUAUCCGCCUAACCUCCAUCAAAUCCACAACGCUUAGAGUGGACCAGUCCAUUCUGACAGGAGAGUCUGUAUCAGUCAUCAAACACACAGACCCAGUCCCUGACCCUCGGGCUGUGAACCAGGACAAGAAGAACAUGCUGUUCUCCGGCACUAACAUUGCGGCCGGUAAGGCUGUGGGUGUCGUGGUGGCCACGGGUGUGAACACCGAGAUCGGUAAGAUCCGUGACGAAAUGGCCUCCACGGAGCAAGAACGGACACCGCUGCAGCAAAAGCUGGACGAGUUCGGAGAACAGCUCUCCAAAGUCAUCUCGCUCAUCUGCAUCGCCGUGUGGAUCAUCAACAUUGGUCACUUUAAUGACCCGGUGCACGGUGGCUCUUGGAUCCGUGGUGCUGUCUACUACUUUAAGAUUGCCGUGGCUCUGGCCGUAGCCGCCAUCCCUGAAGGGCUUCCCGCAGUCAUUACCACCUGCCUCGCGCUGGGCACUCGGCGUAUGGCCAAGAAAAACGCCAUUGUGCGCUCACUGCCUUCCGUAGAGACACUGGGCUGCACGUCGGUCAUCUGCUCAGACAAGACCGGCACCCUGACCACCAACCAGAUGUCUGUGUGCAGGAUGUUCAUCAUUGACCAGGUGCAGGGAGACAGCUGCUCUCUCAAAGAGUUCACCAUUACUGGUUCCACAUAUGCUCCUGAAGGACAAGUGUUUCAGGAUGGGAAACCGGUGAAAUGCUCCAAGUAUGAUGCUCUGGUGGAGAUGGCUACAAUCUGUGCCCUGUGCAAUGACUCCUCUCUGGACUACAAUGAGGCCAAAGGAGUGUACGAGAAGGUUGGAGAGGCGACAGAAACGGCUCUUACGUGCCUGGUGGAGAAGAUGAACGUGUUUGACAAUGAUCUCAAAACUCUUACCAAGAUCGAACGUGCCAACGCCUGCAACUCUGUUAUUAAGCAGCUGAUGAAGAAAGAAUUCACACUGGAGUUCUCACGAGACAGGAAGUCCAUGUCUGUAUACUGCACCCCCAACAAGGCACGCACCACCCUCGGCAAGAUGUUCGUCAAGGGUGCUCCAGAAGGAGUGAUCGACAGGUGUACACACAUCCGAGUGGGCAGUAACAAAGUCCCUCUGACACCGGGCAUCAAGGAGAAGAUUCUGUCCGUGAUCCGCGAGUAUGGGACAGGACGGGACACGCUGCGCUGCUUGGCCCUGGCCACACGGGACAAUCCCGUCAGCAAAGAGGAGCUUCGGCUGGAGGAUUCAUCUUGCUUUGUGGAGUAUGAGACUGAUCUGACAUUCGUGGGCUGUGUGGGCAUGCUGGACCCUCCCAGGGCUGAAGUGGCUGCCUCCAUUAAACUGUGCCGCUGGGCAGGCAUCCGGGUCAUCAUGAUUACUGGUGACAACAAAGGCACAGCUGUGGCUAUCUGCAGGCGCAUCGGUAUUUUCAACGAGAACGAUGACGUUUCACGCAUGGCCUUCACUGGCCGCGAGUUUGACGACCUGUCCCCUUCGGCUCAGCGUGAAGCUGUGCUCAGUGCCCGUUGCUUUGCCCGUGUCGAGCCUUCGCAUAAAUCCAAGAUUGUGGAGUACCUGCAGUCCUAUGACGAGAUCACGGCCAUGACUGGAGAUGGUGUAAACGAUGCUCCUGCACUGAAGAAGGCAGAGAUAGGCAUUGCAAUGGGCUCGGGCACAGCAGUGGCAAAGACUGCCUCUGAAAUGGUGCUGGCCGAUGAUAACUUUGCUACCAUCGUAGCAGCCGUGGAAGAGGGGCGAGCCAUCUACAACAACAUGAAGCAGUUCAUCCGAUACCUCAUUUCCUCCAACGUGGGAGAGGUGGUCUGCAUUUUCCUGACUGCGGCUUUGGGAUUCCCCGAGGCGCUGAUCCCGGUGCAGUUGCUGUGGGUUAACCUGGUAACAGACGGUCUCCCUGCCACAGCCCUUGGCUUCAACCCUCCUGAUCUGGACAUCAUGAGUAAACCCCCCCGCAAUGCCAAGGAACCCCUCAUCUCUGGCUGGCUCUUCUUCAGAUACCUGGCUAUUGGCUGCUAUGUUGGUGCCGCAACAGUUGGAGCUGCUGCUUGGUGGUUUAUUGCUGCUGAAGAUGGACCAAGAGUCAACUUUUAUCAGCUGAGUCACUUCCUCCAGUGUGCCCCAGAGAACCCAGAGUUUAAAGGCAUUAAUUGUGAGGUGUUCGAGUCACCUUACCCUAUGACCAUGGCGCUGUCUGUGCUGGUCACCAUCGAGAUGUGCAAUGCUCUCAACAGUGUGUCCGAGAACCAGUCUCUGCUGCGCAUGCCCCCAUGGGAGAACGUAUGGCUACUGGGAGCUAUCUGCCUCUCCAUGUCCCUCCACUUCCUCAUCCUCUAUGUGGAGCCUCUACCGAUGAUCUUUCAGAUCACACCGCUGAACAUGACCCAGUGGCUGAUGGUGCUGAAGAUCUCGCUGCCCGUCAUCCUGCUGGACGAGGUGCUGAAAUUCGCAGCCAGGAAUUACCUUGAACCUGGUAAAGAUUUGGACACGCCCACGGGAAAGUCGUGCUCGCUCAGCGCCUGCACCGAGGGCAUCUCCUGGCCGUUUGUGGCUCUCUCACUCCCCCUGGUGCUCUGGAUCUACAGCAUCGACACUAACCUGGCUGAAAUGUUCUGGUCCUGACUCCUCUGAACACAGAAACACAAACCCCACCCCUCCCUCCCCUCACUCAGUGUGUAGAUAGUGUGUGUGUGUGUGUGUGUGUGUGUGUCAAGUGUGCCUGUGCACCAGUGAACGUGCACCAGGAGGACCGUGUUAACAUGAACAUAACAAUAAUAUAAUAAAUGUAACAAAGUUCUUUUUAAAACCAUGUCUAGCGGGUAUGGAGGGGACCACAUAGAGCUGAAGUCUUUAAGUAUUAAUGACCAUUAUUAUUAUUAUUCCCACGUCUGUGGAUGUUCUACUGGUUUGGUCUUAAAACGGUCAUUUUUUUUUAUUUUGCCUUUUUGUUUUUUUUAAUUGUUUUUUUUUACGAAUUUGCAUUUCAAAGUAGAAAUACUAAAUUCACUGUCUUGAUUUUUUUGUGUCCUCCCUUUCAGUGCAUGAAGAAGAGCUCUACGAUGUAUACCAAGUUUGAACACUAUUUUAUACAACUCGUUUGUUUUUUUUUCCGUAUUAAAAGGAAUCCUCUGACGUGAUUUAACGAGGGGUUAAGUUUAGGCAGCCGAUUUGAUUUUUCUUCUUCUUCCUCUCCUGUAUAUUUCCAUGAAGCCAUAAGACACAGAGGCGAGUCAUUUUCAUUCUGGAGUUCAGGAUGCUUUUCUAACAAAAUGGGUUCAGGUAGUUUGUCAAAAAUGCACAAAAAAAAAAGCCAUGUAUAAGAACAGAAUCCAGUUUGAGCGUCCUAUACACAGCUGCCUAAACAUAACCGGGGAUACUGGGAAAGCUGUUUACAUUUGUUUACCGUGUCCAGUGUGAAUGUUUGAGUUGCUCAGAGUAGGGGCAUGAGUAUAGGACAGGCGGGUGGGCGUGAACGCAUCGACUAAAUCAGAUCCUGAAAUGGAAGCUGCAUGUUGUGUAUCCUGCAUGCAUUACGUGUGGGUUUUCAUUUAUUUGUCCGUCUUCCCCUUUGUAUAAUAAUAACCUCCAUUUUGGUGUUUUUCCUUUUUUUUUUUUCCUUCAUUUUAAAUACCUUAAUUAUUAAA